AUGGAACUUUCUUAUUUCAUUCAAUAUUUGAUCACUUUAAUAGUUUACAUUAAAUUGAUCUAUUCAACAACAGAGUUGAAUCAACACCACCACCACCAACAACAACAACAACAACAACAACUAGAUCGUUUAGCAACAUUUUCAUUAAAAUUUCUAGAAUUUCAUAAUCAUGCACAUCGACGUAUUGAUGGUAGUUGUUGUGGUCGUCCUAAACAAUCAUCAUCUUCAUUAAUAACUACUAUAAAAGUAGAAACAGAAAUAUGUAAAGCAGAAUGUGCAUUAGAAUUUCGUAUUUGUAUUGAACCUUAUACAGUAAUUAAUAUAUUAUCGAAUAAUACAAAAAUUUACAAUGGUCCUUGUAUGUACGGUGAAGUAUACACUGGUCAUUGGGGUAAUACAGAUAUUACAUAUGGAUUAUUAGAAGCCAGUGUACACUCUAUUGGAAUUAUACAUCCAUGGCCGCGUUUAUUCACAGUAAUAUUAGAAGCAUAUGAUUUAGUUAAUCAAAAUGAAAAAUAUUUAAUUGAUCGAGCUAUACAUCGUGGUCUGUUACGUCCAUUAAUUUCUUCUACAAAACAAUCUAAAGAUUGGCAUCAGGUUACUAUAUCCACACAAUAUUCCGGUUAUACAUUUUGUAUACAAUUAACAUGUGAAUUAAAUCAUUAUGGUAAUGAUUGUACAAAAGUAUGUCAAACAAAUGAUAAUCAUACAAAAUUUAAAUGUGAUGCAAAUGGUGAUAAAAUAUGUGAACCUGGUUGGAGUGGAACUGAAUGCGAUAAAGCAAUAUGCAAUAUUGGUUGUCAUCCAGUUCAUGGAACUUGUUCAAGACCAGGAGAAUGCGAUUGUUCAACUGGUUGGCAAGGUCCACUUUGUGAUGAAUGUAUAAAAUAUCCAGGAUGUAAACAUGGAACAUGUAAUGAUGCACCAUUUACAUGCCGUUGUUUACCUAAUUGGGGUGGAUCAUUUUGUGAUCAAGAUCUGGAUUACUGUGGACGACAUCAACCAUGUUUAAAUAAUGGAAUAUGUAGAAAUUUGAAUUCAUCAUAUUCAAAACCAUUCAAUUGUAGUUGUACACGUGAUUUUACCGGAGAAUAUUGUGAAAUAAAAUUGGCACCGUGUACAAUUGAUCCGUGUAAACGUGGUCGUUGUAUAUCAAAAGAUAAUAUCACUUAUGAAUGUGAAUGUCAACCAGGAUGGCGUGGUGAUCAUUGUGAAGAGAAUAUUGAUUAUUGCUUAAUCAAUACAUGUUUAAAUGGUGGAACAUGUCAAGAUUUAGAUGGUCCUGGCUUCCAAUGUUUAUGUCCACCUGGUUUCAAAGGAUCUAAUUGUCAAUUAAGAUCACCAUGUAGUAAUUCACAAUGUGUUCAUGCAGUUAAUUGUAAACAAUUAAUACAACCAGUGAAUGGGAUUGAUUAUGAAUGUAUGUGUCAACCUGGUUGGACAGGACAAUUUUGUGAUCAAAAUAUCGAUGAUUGUGUGGACAAAUGUCAAAAUGGAGGAACAUGUCACGAUCUUCUAGAUGAUUUCUAUUGUACUUGCCCAAUUGGAUUUGAAGGUAGACAUUGUGAAAUUAAUCGUGAAUGUUCUAGUAAACCAUGUCAAAAUAAAGGAAUCUGUCAUGAAAUUCCUGGCGGUUAUUUAUGUGAAUGUCCAAAUGGAUUUAUAGGACAAAAUUGUGAAAUUUCAAUAAAUGGAUGUAAUCCAAAUCUUUGUCAAAAUGGUGCUUAUUGUUAUACAUUAUCUAGUGGUUUCUAUUGUAAAUGUUCAGAAAAUUUUAUGGACAAUUUUGUGAAUAUCAAAGACCAUAUUGUGGACCAGAUGGUUGUGAUACAUUAA